AUGGAGUCGAAAUUCACCGAGAUCUGUAGUCGAGUAUUUUACAGUGGAUUACUAGUGGCUAUGGUGACAGACAGAGAUGGCGUUAUUAUUUUAAAAAGUGUUUCGGACAAAGCCAGAGAUGAUAUGACUGAGCCGAUGAUUCCUAUAACGUUUGCCAUCGCGAAUAAUCAGGCAAGUCGAAAAAGAGAAUAUAAUAUCAUGAGUAUUAUAAGUGUUUAUGAAAAAUAUCAAGUCAUUCAAUUGGAUCAGGCACCAUUAAUCAUUACACUGGUAGCCGACUCUGCGGCCAACACUGGGCUGUUUAUGAACCUUGGUAAAAAUAUUUUAGAAUUGACAGAACCUCUUGUGGAAGCCAUGAAGGAGUAA